AUGGACGACAAGGGUAACCACGUGUGCAUGCUGGCCAAAGAGCCAAAAUACGUGGAUCUGCCGCCAACUGUCGGCUGCUGGCGGAUGGUUCUUUGUAAGAUACGAGAAUGGCGUAUGCCCUGCGAAUGGCACCACGGAUCCAAGAUGUAUCUCCGAAGUCGGAAGAGUAUGACUAGAGAGCGAGACAGAGUGGUGGAGUUGGGCUACUGGCCAGUACUGCACCCGUAUAGUCCCAUCAAGCACUACUGGGACUGCAUCGCGUUCACCGUGGGGUUUCUGGCAAUAUUAUAUAUCCCCGUAGAAGUAUUCAAGCCGUGUCCAUCACCUUACAACUAUUACAUUAUUAUAGCCGACACCGUCGCAUUCUUGGAUAUCUGUUUAAAAUUUAUCACCGGCAACGACCGAGACGGCAACAGAGUGAUCCUAGACUCGAGGGAAAUCGCUCGACGCUAUCUAUGUGGUACUUUCAUACUGGACUUAAUAUCCACUCUGCCGUUCCAAUUUAUACAAAUCACCGAAGGCUGCCGCUAUCCUACAUACACAUCGUGGUAUUUACUGAAGCUCUUUAGACUGAUCGCUAUCGGAAAAGCCUGGACCAACAUCUCCAAUCAAAUGCAACUGUCCUAUGUCACUACUACCUCCAUAGCUGUUCUCACGCGACUUGUUCUUUUCAUACACUGGAUGGCGUAUAUAUAUUACCAGAUACCGAUCAUAUUCGUUCAUUACUACAACUUCAAAGGUUUAGCCAACAGUUGGAUAAAACGCUUCCUUAUAGAAGACCUGUACGACACUAGUAUUUACAUUAAAUACUCGAUGUCUCUCUUCUACGUCGGUGGCAUGAUUAACGGUGCAGAGAGGCCGUCCGAUUUGGGCUUCUAUUUAGUUGAAGAGACGAUAAUGAGCUCUACGAUAGGUUUAAUAGGGCUCAUGUUUAUGGUGUACGUUUGGUCGACGUUGCUCCGGAUGGCGGCGUAUAGCCGCUUCGCUAUGUAUUUAUAUGAAGGAGGACUGAAGGAGCUGCAGAACUACAUGGUGUUCAAACGUAUGCCGGCAAGCUUGAGGGACAAGAUUCAAGUUUUUAUAAAUUACAAGUUUUUCGGACACUACUUUAAUGAACGAGAUAUUCUCAAUACGAUAAAUGAACAGAUAAAACAAGAUAUCAAUAUGCACUGCUGCAAGCGUCUCGUGAUGAAUGUGCCGUUGUUUCAUGAGAUGCCGAUAGCAUUCCUCAACGCGAUCGUAUUCAAGUUGGUUCAAGUUAUAUACUUGCCAGGAGAGACAGUGAUUAAAUGUGAUCAACCAGGAAGCUCCAUCUACCUGAUAUACUCUGGCACUGUUGCUGUGAUCAACGCAGCGGGCCAAGAGGUGGCCCACCUUCGCGACGGAUCGUACUUCGGCGAAGCAGCACUCUUCAAUCCUGGUUCACAACGCUCAUCCACAAUUAUAGCACUCGAGAUAACAGAAAUGUACAAAUUGAGCAACAAGGAGUUCCAGUCGUGCCUGCAGGCGUACCCGCACCUCAAGCGACGCCUCGACGACUACACCAAGUCUGGCCGACGACGAAACUUCGCCACUUAUAACUAA